GCCGCAGCCGUUGGCGGGCGGGAGCCUCUUCCCUCAGCGCCGGGCUCGGGGGAGCUUCUCCGGCUGAGGGGACGGACGAGGCUGCGGGGACAGACGAGGCUGCGGGCUCCUCUCCCCGUCGGCUUUGUGCGGCCUGGCAUUUCUGAGCUUCACCUGGUACCUUUUGGGGCAGGUUGGGUCAGCCCCGGCACUCUCAGCCGUGUUUCUGGCUGUGGGUUUGUGAGAUGUGAAGGCGAGAAGCAAAGCAACGAAACGCAGAACCUGGGCAGCUCGCUUUUCACAGACUCCUCAGUCGUCUUGUGGCAGCAUAAAAGCAAAGUAUUUAGGGGAGUAUAUGGGCAGUAACACUGAUUCUGAGAAAUGGACAGCAUUUGUCAAGCUUAUGAAGAUGAAAUCCAGUCACUGAAAGAAGAAAUUCAACUUUUGACUGAAAAGUAUGAAGAUAGCCAACAAGAAUCCACCUUUUUUUCUGAAGAGGCAAUAUUAAAGUCAAUAGAAUCAUUCGAAAGAGAAUUUCAGGGAGAAUCUAAGGGACAUGAACCUCCACCAGAUCUGAAAGCUGAACUUGAAAGUCUAGAGACAGAUCUCUCAUUUCUAAUGAAAUUUGUUGGUAUUCAGUUCACAAGUCAUUCCAAGAAAAUAAUUGAAAAAACUAAAAACAGAACAGUGCAGAAGCACAGAAUAUCAGGGACUUGCCACUCCAUGUCUUUUCAGUUGGAAUUUCAGCUUCUUGAGAUGCAGAACAAAGAGAAUGUAUGUUCUGCUGUUACUGAUCUCAGCAUUGUAAUGGAUUCUGGAGAAGAUUCAAACGUGGGCAAGUUUUUGUCAAGCAUUGAAGAACGUGGAGACAUUUUAACAUUUUUCAAAAGCCUUUCAUCUUAUGCUGAGUGGUAUGAACAUCGUAGAUGUGCCUUCCAGCAUUUCAAGGCCAAAUAUCCUGAUGUUGUGUCCCUUCCAGAAGGACUGCUGGGAGACUACAUAAUUCUAAGGAACCCCAAAGUUUCUGGGUUUGAAUUAAUGAUUGUUUGGAAGAUAUAUAUGGAUGAAGAAGGGAAAACUACGCCUGUUCUGGACCUUCUGACUAAAGUACCAGAGCAAGUCUUGGGGCAGAAGAUGACAACUUUUGAAAGUGCCCCCACCCGCUUCCGAAGCCUGCUGCAUCUGUUUGGGAUUGAGACAGCUAUCGAGAGCCUGAUCAAAGUGGUUAGCUUGGAAAACUCAAUACCAGCAUGACUUACACCAAGUAGCAAUUUCAAAAGUAGUUUUAAUUAAGAUAUUGUGUUACACAGUCUAUAAUUUUAUUGAAUAUAAACAUUAAGUUAUUUUCCAUUUAGAAACCAUACUCAUAAAACAUGCUAUCUGUACAAUUAUGGCACGUUAUAUAUAAAUUGUCAUGACAUGAAAAUAAAUACAGCCAUUUAAAUACAAAAAUGCCAAAUAAAAUAGUUACAUGUACAGAGUGAUUUCAUUAUAAUUUAUCUUUCUGAAUCAUUAAUGUACCAGAGUGGUUUAUCUUCUUAACAUUUUCUAGAUACCUGGAAAGUGUUAAAAGAUCAUGCACUGUCAAAACCAAGUCCAUACAAAUCCAUUUCAUUUCACAGCUCUGUAAAAGUACAGUGAUUUCAAAAUGACAAGAGAACAGUAAGAGACUCCUAGAACAAAGAGUUAAACAGUUUUCUCAUUAAAUUAGGGUGGAAGUAGACAAUUUGUAGAUUUCAAAGACAGACUAUA